CUCCCUCUCUCUUUCUCUCUCUAGGAAGCUCUAGAAAGUGAGCGCCACUUCGCCAGCACCUUGCAUUUUAAUUUCUCAGCACCGAAGAGGAAAUCUCGCAGUUUCUUAUCUGCUUAUAGCUCGCCUCUCUCUCCUAUUACUCUCUCAACAGAAAUGACUGAACCAGCAUACACUGUGGCAUCUGAUAGUGAAACCACUGGGGAGGAGAAAUCUUCCUCUGCUUUUCCAGAAAUUGCAAUUGGGAUAGACAUUGGCACUUCUCAAUGUAGCGUUGCAGUAUGGAACGGCUCCCAGGUGGAGCUCCUUAGAAACACUAGGAACCAGAAGAUAAUGCGGUCGUAUGUCACCUUCAAAGACGAAAUUCCUUCAGGUGGAGUAAGCAAUCAACUGUCUCAUGAAUAUGAAAUGUUAUCUGGAGCUGCAAUCUUCAAUAUGAAACGUCUGAUCGGUAGAGUUGACACUGACCCAGUUGUUCAUGCAAGCAAAGGCCUUCCUUUUUUGGUACAAACUCUGGAUAUUGGUGUCCGGCCAUAUAUUGCAGCCUUGGUAAAUAAUGUGUGGAGAUCCACCACCCCUGAAGAAGUUCUUGCAAUAUUUCUGGUUGAGUUAAGAGCUAUGGCAGAAAUCCAACUAAAGCGCCCUGUAAGAAACGUUGUUUACACUAUUCCAGUUUCAUUUAGCCGGUUCCAACUAACCCGGAUUGAGCGAGCCAGUGCCAUGGCUGGCCUUCAUGUCCUAAGAUUGAUGCCUGAACCUACAGCAGUAGCUCUGUUAUAUGCACAGCAGCAGCAGCAACGGACCUUUCAUGAGAAUAUGGGCAGUGAAAGUGAAAAGAUUGCUCUUAUCUUCAAUAUGGGUGCGGGAUAUUGUGAUGUGGCAUUAACUGCCACAGCAGGAGGAGUUUCACAGAUUAAAGCCUUAUCAGGAAGUUCCAUUGGAGGAGAAGACAUGCUUCAGAAUAUGAUGCAGUAUCUCUUGCCAAAUAUGGACAGUCUUUUCUCAAGCCAUGGAAUAAAUGAGAUCAAGUCGAUGGGCCUGCUUCGAGUCGCAACCCAGGAUGCAAUUCACAAGCUUUCCUUUCAAACCAGUGUUCAAGUUGAUGUUGACUUGAAAAACGGGUUGAAAAUAUCCAAGCUUGUUAAUCGGGAGGAAUUUGAAGAAGUAAACUGGAAAGUGUUUGAGAAAUGCGAGUCUCUCAUAGUCCAGUGCUUGCACGAUGCUAAGGUGGAAGCGGAGGAUGUGAACGAUGUCAUAACUGUAGGUGGCUGUUCAAAUAUUCCAAAAAUUAGGAAUCUUGUUAUGGGUAUAUGUAAAAGAGAAAUUUAUAAGGGGAUGGAUCCAUUGGAGGCUGCAGUUUGUGGGGCAGCACUGGAAGGAGCAGUAGCUUCUGGAAUCAGUGAUCCUUUUGGGAAUUUGGACUUGUUAACCAUUCAAGCUACUCCUCUGAGCAUAGGGAUUCGAGCGGAUGGAAACAACUUUGUGCCCAUCAUACAUCGAAACACAACAAUGCCUGCACGGAAAGAGCUGACCUUCACAACCGUUCAAGACAACCAAGCUGAAGCGCUAAUUGUUGUGUAUGAAGGUGAUGAAGAGUCGGUGGAAAAGAACCACCUCCUCGGCUAUUUUAAGAUCAGAGGGAUUCCUUCAGCUCCUAAAGGGGUUCCAGCAAUUAGCAUGUGCAUGGACAUCGAUGCUUCAAAUGUGCUAAGAGUUCUGGCUGGUGUCAUAAUGCCUGGGACACAACAUCCGGUGACUCCUUCUAUGGAAGUUAGGAUGCCAACGGUUGAUGAUGGCCACGGUUGGUGUGCUGAAGCUCUUCUCCGAACUUAUGGAUCUACUUUAGACUUGAUUACAGUGCAGAAGAAUAUUCAGAAGUGAGGUAAAUAGCCAGCCCCCCGUGUGUUUUAUGCAAAAAUGAUAGUUCUGUGUUGGAAUACUGAAUGUUCAUCUUUUUUGUAAAAUACAGUUCUUGUUUGGUAUCUUUAGGUGCUAAGUUUGUUAAUGUUGUAUUCUAGUUGUACUACUCUAAUGUUGUACUUUAAGGCUGUGUUUGAUAGACAAAUAAGUUACCAAAUAAAUAAUACGAAGGAUGUUUGUAUGAUGUUUUU